AUGAAGCAUCAAAAAGUAAGUGUGGACUUCUGGGCCAUGUUUCAAACGAUGUUCUCGUAUGGUGUAUUGACGAUUCUAUGCUUUGUAAUGAUACGGCUUAUGCAAGCUGUUUAUUUACUACCACAAAGACUUAAAAGGCAUCAGGAGAAAAUCGAGAAUACGCUUACAGAGCUUCAGACGCGGUUUCCAGAUCUUAACAUUACGGCAAAAGAUUUGGAAAAAUUUGAAAAAGAAAUGGACGAACCAUACGACAGGGAAAUAGGAGAAGAAUGUGAUGAACUUAAUGUAGAUGCAGAAGAAGGCGAAGAUGUUAAGCCAGAAGAAAAUAAGAAAGAUGACUAAUUACUACUUUUUAGUUAGUAUAUUUGUCUAUUUCAUCAUU